AUGGGGGGCCAUGGAGGUUUAAAUAUAUUGCCACAAAAAAAAUGGAAUGUUUAUAGAAAAGAUGUACAAUAUAAAGUUCAUUUUGAUGAGCAUAAAAUUAUAAAAGAAGAAAAAGAUAAAGAAAUAAAAAGAAAAAAAGAUGAAUUUGAAAGUACUAUAUCGCAAUUAAAAAGAAAUAUAACAAAAAGUGAAAGUAGUGAUAAUAAUUGUAACAGUGAUAAUAAUUGUAAUAGUGAUAAUAAUUGUAACAGUGAUAAUAAUUAUAAUAGUGAUAAUAAUUAUUAUAAUAAUUUUUAUGAUGAGAAGGGGAAGAAAAAAAACACCACAAAUCAUUGUAAUGAUCAUAUUAAUUUAUUUAUUGAAGAAGAAAAAGAAUUAACAGCUAGACAAAAAAAACACGAAGAAUUUUUAAUAAAAAAAGGACAUUAUAUAUACAAUGAUAAAAAUUUCAAUGCACAACAUAAUAAUAUUUAUGAUAAGAAUAAAAAUGCACAUAUUAUUUCCGAUUUUAAUAAAAUGAAAAUGUGUGAACGUGAUUGGUUAAUUAAUAGAAUGAAAAAAAAUGACAAGAACAAAGAAAAUGUUGCUAGUUUUUUUAAUAUUCAAAAGGAUAAUAUGUCAGAAGAACAUAAUAAAACGAAAAAUAUAAAUAUUGAGACGUCUUUGUGUGGUAACAUAGAUAAUUAUAUAAAACAUGAUAAGAAGAAAGAAAAAAAACAAAUACAUUAUCAUAUCAAAAAGAUUAUUAAAUAUAAAAAGGAAAAAAAAAAAGAAAGAGAGAGAGAAAGAAAGAAAAAAAGAGAAAGAGAAAAAAAAAAAAAAAAAAAAAAAAUGAAUAAAUAA